GGGAAAACGAAAUUGGGAGGCAGCGGAGAGAGCUAUAAAUUUAGGGUUUCCCAUUGAAUGGUCGAUCGUGGAAGCGGCCGGUGAUUUUUCUAAGCCACGGAGAGAUUCGGUUUUCGUUGUUCUUCAUCCCUAUUUCUAGAUUCUUUCUUCCUCUGUGUUUCUGCAAUUGCUUGAGAAUCCAUUUUCUGUGUUUAUCAAUGGCGUUCAAGAAAACCCUUGCUCUGCGCCUCUUUAACAUAUCCAAUAUCUCUGCCCGAUCCCUCACCAAAUGCCGAAUUUCCUCCUCUUCACUUGGGUCUCGUGUUCCUCCCGAAUCCAACGCUGCCAACAUUGCUCACGAUCCCGGAGAUAAUGGGGUUUUUCGCCGCUUCAUCCACAAGC